CUGGGAAGCUCCCUGCCUGCAGUUUCCCAGGAGAAAACCCUAUAUGCACUCACCAUUACUCUUGGGAGAGACCAGGUUAUAAGAGAGGAAGUGGGCAGGUGUGUGACUUUUUUCAAUGAAAUUUGCCGGCUCUUCACCUGGUUUGUGUUAGAGAGAUCGUCCGAAGCAGAUUUCCUACCAGAGCCAAUAUGGAGGGUCUACAGAGACGUCUGCCUGUAGCUUUCCUCCUUAUUCUGCCUCUACUGUGUGUCAGCGCUGUCUCCAAUCCAAAAACUACAGUUUCCUGGUGUGUAUUGUCUGAUGCUGAGGAGCAGAAGUGUCUGGAUUUGGCCGGGAACGCCACAGCUCGGAAUAUUAGAGGAACGUUGCAAUGCGUCCGUGGCCUGAACACCAGAGAUUGUAUCGACAGAAUCAAGAAUGGGACAGCGGACGCAGCCUCCAUGUUUGCAGAUGACAUUUAUGCUGCUGGCCUCUGUCACGGACUGGAUCUGGCUGCAGGAGAGUCCCACAACGGAGUUAACGGUAUUAGUUACUACGUGGUGGCGAUGGCUCGUCGCUCCUCAUCAGACCUGUCCCUGCUGGAGAUGCACGAACGCAGCUCCUGUCACCCCGGCAUGCGAACCACAGUGGGAUGGACCGUCCCUAUUGGCUACCUGGUCAACACCUCCCAGAUCAGCGUAGGGGAGCAGUGCAACUUCCCCAGAGUGGUCGGAAACUUCUUUGGUUACAGCUGCGUGCCGGGUGCCAAAGACCCCCAUCAUGACCCCAGAGGCAACAACCCGAGGAACCUGUGCGAGGCCUGCAUAGGAGACGAGUACGACAGACACAUCUGCGCCAGCAGCCACAGAGAGAGACACUACGGAGAGUCGGGGGCAUUGAGAUGCGUGGCUGAAAAUCUGGGGGAUGUGGCCUUUGUCAAGCACACAACAGUCUUUGACAAUUUGGACGGUAAGAACCAGGAGUCCUGGGCUCUGGACCUGGAGCUGGAGGACCUGAAGCUGCUGUGCCCAGAUGGGACCGAGGCAGGCCUGGAUGAGCAUGAACACUGCCACCUGGCAGCCGUCCCCACUAACGCUGUGGUGGUGCGGGUGGAGGACAAGUGCCGUGUCUGGAAGUUCCUGGAACGCUUACAGAACGCAUUUGGCCACGCCAAGGAGGGCUUCCGCCUGUUCAGCUCAGCGGGCUAUGGCGAAUCUGAUCUGCUCUUCAGUGAUGCCACCCACCACCUGCAGAGGGUUCUGGGUAGCUACUCCUCCUGGCUGGGCCCCACUUACACCACCAUGCUGCAAGCCUUCGAGUGUGAGGGCUUCUGCUGAUGGAACAGGAGGAAGACAUCCAGUGCCUCAUCCCUCCGUCUCCAUCCUCCCGUUCUGCCUUCCCUCCCCGCCAUCUGCGUCUCUCCGUCUCGCCAUCUCUCCUCUUCUUUGCUCGGCUUUAUCGUGUUUUUGUUUUCUCCCUGCGUUCUACCAUCCGUUCUCCACUUCUGCAUCCUCGUUCUCCUCCGACCUGCUACGUCUUCUUAUAUGCAGGCCGGCAGGGUAGGACAUCUCUUAGAGGGGCUAAUCGGCUAAGAAACAAACGUGAUUAAAAGGACGCUGGGAAGAAAGGGCAGGAAAAAGAAAAGAACAGGAUAAAGUUAGAAAACAAUAGAUAAGAAAAUAACAGGUUAAUGUGUUGUUGUAGUUGUUAUAAUAGGCCUAUUGACAGGCUGUUUCUCUGUGUAGAACGUUUUUAACAAGAGGUGGGAUUACACCAAGAGGAAGAAAAGUGCCCCACAAUCACACACACACAGACACAGACACACACACACAGACACACACACACACACACACACACACACACACACACACACACACACACACACACACACACACACACACACACACACACACACACAUACACACACAAACACAAACAUCAAGUUAAUGGUUCCUACCCCAAACGUUUGUUGGGAGAUUGUGUUCUUCUCAGCUUGAUGCAUCGGUAUAGCAGCCUCCCCCCCCCCUCCUCCCACAGGGUCCAUCUCUGACACUGAACAACAGGGUGCUAUUAACUACGAGCUUAGAACACUCAGUAACUCUGUGUGUGUGUGUGUGUGUGUGUGUGUGUGUGUGUGUGUGUAUUGAUACGAUUGCUGCUUUCCCAUGGGCUUGUAUAGCUUUCGACUUUGGAUCACUGCUUUCUCACCGGUCUGGUAAGGUGGACCGGACCGUGCCGUGCCGUGCCAGCUCACAGUGUCCUGUUACACUAUACAGCGAGGAGAGAGGGGGAUUAGGGCUCUAGUUGCCUCCAGUGACCCCGGAGUGAGACUAUUUUAACAAAAAGAAGCCUUAAUCAUCCCAAAACAUGAUCUCCCCAAAACCCUUGGACUCUCCUGCUUCUGUUUUUUAUCUACAAAGCAACACAUACAGGAAUAUACGUCAUACACCCUAUGUGGUUUAUACUCUGCAUAGCAAGAUGCUGAUAUGAUAGGUGGCGAUAGUUACUAACGGGAGGAAGUUUGAGGUCUGAGCUGUGCGUCUUAUCAAAUAGUUGUCACGAAGAAGAGUAUCACUGAGAUCAUGUGUGAUGGAGGAAUGGUGAUUGUCAAGAAAAUGUACAAAAUCAUGUAUCUUCCGGUUGCUAUCAUCAAUAAAGGAUCACCAACCUGUUUAAAAAGAUGUACUUGAAGAAUCCUGUACUGUAAAACUGCAUAACUAUACUUCACAUUCUGUACCACGAAGAAAAUAAACCAGUUGGUCGGUUUUUAAAGUGUUAAACUGUGGCUUUGGCUUGAUCACAUCAACAUCAAACCAGUUAGACAACAGAAUUGAUUUCAAAAACAGUAUUUUUUAAAACUAAAUCUGCUGUCUUCUUUUUUCUUUUAUUAAAAUGUUGUCACAUUUAAUCUCCCGACCACACCUGUUACCUCUCAGUCCCUCUUCAUGACAGAAGCUGUAUCAGUGAAGGGUAUUGUAUUA